UUCUUGCUCCAUGCCAGUGCAGUUCGCGCAUCGGUGUCUCCAUCGACGCUUCCGUAGCACUUCGUUCCUUCUUCUUCAGGUCGAUGUUGGGUCCGUAGUGAGGUGGGUGUUUGCUCGUUUUCUCUGCCGGUUCGUGAAAAAUGGUGGUUUCGUCUUCCCUCCGUCUUCAACCCGCGGGGCUUCCCGCCCUGAGAGCUUCCGGCGGUUGCUCCGGCGGGAGAAGGACGAGGCGCCACGUGGCGUUCGCCUCCGCAGAUGGGUCGGUGAAGGAUCAUUCUCUUCGGAGCAAGGUGGACACACUGUUAGACAGUGUAAAAUGGGAUGAUAAAGGUUUGGCUGUGGCAAUAGCUCAAAAUGUAGACACCGGAGCCAUCUUGAUGCAAGGAUUUGUGAACAGAGAUGCAUUAGCUGCAACUAUCUCCUCUCGUAAGGCUACAUUUUACAGCCGGUCCAGAUCAAGUCUCUGGACAAAGGGAGAAACCUCUAGCAACUUCAUCAAUAUAUCUGAUGUCUUUCUCGACUGUGAUCGGGACUCUAUAAUAUAUCUUGGGAAACCUGAUGGACCCACUUGCCACACUGGGUCUGAGACAUGCUAUUUCUCAUCAAUAGAGGACAUACUGGAACCAUCCCAGGUCACAAGAGAUGAACUGGCUUUGUCUACGUUGUACUCAUUAGAGUCUACUAUCUCAAGACGAAAAGCUGAAUUGGCAGAAUCACAAGAUGGGAAGCCCUCCUGGACGAAACGCUUAUUACUUGAUAAUAAGUUGCUGUGCUCAAAAGUCAGGGAAGAGGCGGAUGAGUUGUGUCAAACGCUUGAAGAGAAUGAAGAUAAGGCACGCACCGCAUCAGAGAUGGCAGAUGUGCUUUAUCAUUCCAUGGUUCUUCUGGCUGUCAGAGACGUGAAAAUGGAAGAAGUUUUGGAAAUUCUUCGACACAGGUUCUCUCGGUCCGGAAUUGAGGAAAAGAAAAGCCGAACAAAAGUCUAAGCAUGGAGUUUUCUCUGUAUGUGUAUGUCAUCAUUGUAUUAUUUACUUCUUUCCCGAUGGUUAAUAACGGAGAAGAAAGUAAAGGUGCACCUGAGUACCGAUUACUCAGUUUGUUGUGAGAGUCUUGUCAAGUCUCUUCUCAUUUGUACUGAAGGUGAGCUUGAGAAGGCAUUUUGAUACACUUUGGUUGUCAAAUAUGAUCAGGACUUUACUUGGUA